AUGGCUCUCCUGAGAAAACUUAAUCACGUCCUCCUGGUGCUGGUCGUACUGAUGUUGUGUCUGCUCCUGCACAACACACUGUUCAGAGCCUCCACUCCGCCCAAGCUCCGAGAUCACUGGAGGGGCCGUGGAAGCGCAGCGCGAGUUCCUGCACUGAAAGUACCGGAGGCAGAUAAUGUCGUCCCUGUAGUCAUCUGUGCAUCAGAGGAGCGGAUGGGUGGAACCAUGGCUACCAUCAACAGCGUCUACAGCAACACAGACGCCAGCGUUUUCUUCUAUAUUGUUACUUUCCGGGAUGGUGUGAAACUGUCAAGGCAGUACAUUGAGAAGACUAAACUGAAAGGCAUCAGGUAUAAGAUACUGGAAUUCAACCCCAUGGUUCUAAGAGGAAAAGUGAAGCCAGAUUCCUCUCGACCUGAACUGUUACAUCCACUCAACUUUGUGCGCUUUUACUUACCCCUGCUGGACAUCAACCACAAAAGAGUGAUCUACUUGGAUGAUGAUGUCAUUGUGCAGGGAGACAUCAAGGAUCUGUUCAACAUCAAACUGAAGCCCGGACAUGCUGCUGCUUUCGCCACCGACUGCGACCUGCCCUCCACGCAUGAGAUGGUGCGCAGCAUCGGCAUGCAGACAACCUACAUGGGCUUCCUGGACUACAGGAAACAGGAAGUCAAAGACCUGGCCAUCAACCCCAGAGACUGCUCUUUCAACCCUGGUGUGUUCGUCGCAGACAUUAGCGAGUGGAAGAAGCAAAAGAUCACCAAACAGCUGGAGAGAUGGAUGGAAGAGAAUUUCAGGCAGAACAUAUACAGCAGUGCCAUGGCAGGAGGUGUGGCGACCCCACCCAUGCUGAUCGUUUUCCAUGACAAAUUCACCACACUGGAUCCUCUGUGGCACGUCAGGCACCUCGGCUGGAGUCCAGAUGCCCGCUAUUCCGAGAGCUUCCUACAGGAGGCACAUCUGCUGCACUGGAAUGGCCCUUUCAAACCAUGGAAGUAUCCCGCUGUUCACUUGGACCUGUGGGAGAGGUGGUUCAUCCCCGACCCCUCCGGAAGAUUCACCUUGGUACGACCUGAUAGUGAGAGCUGA